AGAAGAUCCGUGAGGAGAAGCGACAGCUGCCGACAGCAGACCAGUAUCGUUCAAUUUGCUUGCAGCUGUUGAGAAGAAAGCGUUGUAGAAGAAGUAGCGGAAGAAAAUGAGGGAAAUAGUACAUAUCCAGGCUGGCCAGUGCGGCAAUCAAAUUGGUGCUAAGUUCUGGGAGAUCAUCUCUGAUGAGCAUGGUAUUGACCCAACUGGUGCCUACCAUGGUGACUCCGACCUCCAGCUUGAGAGGAUAAAUGUUUACUACAAUGAAGCAUCGGGUGGAAAGUACGUACCCCGCGCCAUCUUGGUGGAUCUUGAACCCGGUACAAUGGACUCUGUCCGAUCUGGGCCCUUCGGUCAGAUUUUCAGACCUGACAACUUUGUUUUUGGUCAGAGUGGUGCUGGCAACAACUGGGCUAAGGGUCACUAUACCGAAGGUGCUGAGUUGGUCGACUCUGUGUUGGAUGUGGUAAGGAAAGGGGCGGAGAGUUGUGACUGUCUUCAGGGUUUUCAGCUGACCCACUCCUUGGGAGGUGGAACUGGUUCUGGCAUGGGCACAUUGCUUAUUUCCAAGAUCAGAGAGGAAUAUCCAGAUAGGAUAAUGAACACGUAUUCUGUCGUACCUUCACCAAAGGUAUCGGACACUGUCGUUGAACCUUACAAUGCCACAUUGUCAGUCCACCAGCUGGUUGAAAAUACUGACGAAACAUACUGCAUUGACAACGAAGCCCUCUAUGACAUUUGCUUCAGGACGCUGAAACUCACGACUCCCACAUAUGGUGACCUGAACCAUCUAGUGUCCCUCACAAUGUCUGGUGUCACCACUUGCCUAAGGUUCCCAGGUCAGCUGAAUGCCGAUCUCCGUAAACUUGCUGUCAACAUGGUCCCAUUCCCACGUCUCCACUUUUUCAUGCCCGGCUUCGCUCCUCUCACCUCCCGUGGUAGCCAACAGUACCGAGCCCUGACUGUACCCGAACUAACUCAACAAAUGUUCGAUGCCAAGAACAUGAUGGCCGCCUGUGACCCAAGGCAUGGCCGUUACCUCACAGUUGCUGCUGUCUUCAGAGGACGCAUGUCCAUGAAGGAAGUUGAUGAACAGAUGUUGAACAUUCAGAACAAGAACAGCAGCUACUUCGUUGAGUGGAUCCCUAACAAUGUGAAGACUGCUGUUUGUGACAUCCCACCCAGAGGAUUGAAGAUGGCGGCAACCUUCAUUGGUAACUCGACUGCCAUCCAGGAGCUGUUCAAGCGUAUCUCAGAGCAGUUCACAGCCAUGUUCAGGCGCAAGGCUUUCUUGCACUGGUACACAGGUGAGGGCAUGGAUGAGAUGGAGUUCACAGAAGCAGAAUCAAACAUGAAUGACCUCGUGUCUGAGUACCAACAGUACCAGGAGGCAACUGCAGAUGAGGACGCAGAGUUUGACGAGGAGCAGGAAGCUGAAGUUGAGGACAACUAAGCAGCUAUGACACAAAAAUUUUAUAUUGCCUCAAGAUUUUGCAGUGUUUUCUAAUUUUGCACUUUUUUAUAAUAAUUUGCUCCUCUCUUUGUAAUUCGCAAGACAAUGCAGCACUAAAUGAUAAUAUAAAUAAUGCAGAGCUACUGCUUACUCUGAGCAGAAUUAGACUUGCUGUAUAUCAUUGUAUUUCAGGUAUUUUGAAUGCUGUUCCAAAGUUCAUGGAGGAAAAUUGUUUGACUGAAAAUGGAUGUACUCUAGUAAAAAGUGUUGGUGUUGAUUAAUUUGCUUGGGCUUAUUUGUGUUCCCUUGAAAUUUCCUCCCACUUUAUUCAUAAGGUUUUAUGUUUUCCAAGCUGAAUAAAGAAUUGCUGCAAAGUUCUA